UGCAGUGAGUCGCACUCCGCCUUUGUCCAGAGGGGAAACUGAGGCCCGGCGAGGUCAGGGGGCCGGUGGGUUCUGCGAGGAUCGGGUUUCCUCCUUUCCUCCCCCAUCAGAGCCUGGCUGUUUCAUCCAUCCAUUCAUCUAUCCGCCCACUCACCCACCCAGCUUGCCAGCCAACCCCUGCGGGGGAGCUGUGGUCAGGGCCAGUUUGAGGAGAGUGUUGAGCUGUGGGGCUUCAGGGCUUUCCCUGGAAGUGGGGAGAGGUGGGAGUGUUCCCUGCUGAGGGGACGCUGGCGCGACUGGGUUAGGGCGAGGAGUUCACUUUUCUGAGAACUGAUAGAUUAAUGGAUAGGAAGUGGGGAAGAUGAGGAUGGACAGAGAGCCGAGGCCAGUCCUGCUGGGUCUCGUGGGCUGAGGUGAGGAGGGUGUGGUCUCCAUCUGGGGCAGUGGUAAGCCCUGGGAGGGUUUGGAGCAGGAAGGGACAUCCCAGAUGUUUUUGGACAAAGAUCCCUAUGGCCUUUCCUCUUUGCCCCAUGCAGUUCAGAGGAUAGAAACCCUAAGAUGUGAUGGGCUUGUGCCCUUUUCAGGGGAGAUCCAUGACCCCCUGAACUUUAAUCACCUGGCCUGUUUAUAUCUUUCACCUUCUCCCUGGAACAAGUAAAUCGGCUGCCCCAGCUGAAGUCACAUCUUAACCCUGAUGACGGGCACCUCCAUCUCCAAGCCAGUCCUGAGUGUCCGAUUCCUUCUGGCUCUACAGGUAAGGGGGGGGGGGCGACCAGGAACAGAGGUGCUUUAGAGAAGGAGGCCAGGGAAGUGCCCUCUGAGGUGAUUUUUGCGGCCAAGACUUGAAAGAGCAAGCCAUGGGGUUGUAUUUGGGAAGAGCAUUCCUCGUAGAGGGAACAGCCAAUGCAAAGGCCCUGUGGCAGGAUGGUGACUGGCUGGUUCCAAUGAACAGUGAAGAGGCUGGUGUGGCAAAGCAGAGUGAGCAAGAGGGGCUGGUCCAAGCAGAGCCUUUUUGGUCACCAAGGCUUUUGUUCUAAGUGAAACGGGCAGGGUUUUCAGUAGGGGAAGAAGAUUGCUGCAGUGGUUCAGGUGAGCUAGAUGAUGACCUGGACCAGGUGGUGGCUAUGGAGAUGGAGAAGAGGGGGCAGGGUCAGGGGCAUCACCACUGGCUCUUUGAACAAAGACACCAUUGGGGAAAUGGGUGUGCCUGGGGUGCGACUGUGGGCCGGGCCUGUGCCGGCCACCCUCUCUCCUGCUGCAGGCCCAGGGAGGGCCAUGAAGGUGCUGUUCCUUGUGGGGCUGGGAGCCCUGUUCUUUGCCUAUUUUGGGGAUGACAACUUUGACCCAGCCAGCCUCCAGGGAGCCCGUGUGCUGCUGACUGGAGCCAGCGUGGGCGUCGGGGAGGAGCUGGCAUAUCACUACGCGCGCCUGGGCUCCCACCUGGUGCUCACUGCCCACACCGAGGCUCUCCUGCAGAAGGGCUAUGGGUGGUGUCUCAUAGGGCGCGGGGGGCGGAGCCUCAAAGGACAGCUCCGGACUGAUGGGCCUCUCCGGGCCAGGAGGGCUGGACUACCUGGUGCUGAACCACCUCGGCGCUGCCCCAGCAGGCACGCGGGCCCGCAGCGCCCAGGCGACACGCUGGCUCAUGCAGCUCCAGACCCCAACUUUCCUGGUUCUAGGCUCCGCCCUCUUGACCUUGGCUCCGCCCCGGGCUGGUGUUCCCCCUCUUCUAUUCGGAACUCCGCCCCAGUCCUCGAGCCCUGCCCCUACACAGCAAGGCCCCGCCCCCAGGCUCUAGGCUCCGCCCGUGCCCCUUCUGGCCUUCGGUUCCUCCUCCGCCCGGUGACUCGCAGUCGCCACCUCCAGGUGAACUUCCUGAGUUACGUGCAACUGACUUCGUCGGCGCUGCCGAGUCUGACUGACAGCAAGGGCUCCCUGGUGGUGGUGUCCUCGUUGCUAGGCCGUGUGCCCACGUCCUUCUCCAGCCCCUACUCGGCGGCCAAGUUCGCGCUGGAUAGCUUCUUCGGCUCUCUCCGGCGGGAGCUGGACGUGCAGGACGUGAACGUCGCCAUCACCAUGUGCGUCCUGGGCCUCCGCGAUCGCGCCUCGGCCGCCGAAGGAGUCAGGGGCGUCACGAGGGCCAAGGCGGCCCCAGGGCCCAAGGCAGCCCUGGCCGUGAUUCGUGGCAGUGCCACGCGUGCCUCCGGCGUCUUCUACCCGUGGCGCUUCCAUCUGCUCUGCCUGCUUCGCGGCUGGAUGCCACAGCCAAGGGCCUGGUUCAUCCGCCAGGAGCUCAACAUCACGACCCCCGCUGCUGCCUGAGCCCCUGGGCUUGAUGCCCCUUCGUCUUCCCAGAAGAAGACCCUCCAGCCAAUCGUCCUGGAGCCCGGACACACACCGAGACACCUCUGAGUGGGUGGCCAAGGGCCAAAAGAAAGUCAUCAAGACAGAAAAGUGAACCUGAGAAAAACUACCAGCACCUGAAAACAGU